GCUGCACCAAGGAGAAGUGCGUAUCGGAGAUCCCAUCCCGAGCCGUCGCUGACGACAACGCCACAACGGCUCGGCGGAAUUACACCGCGCUUAUAGAGCGCUGGCACAUACGACAGUGGCACGUCUGUAGUCCACUCCACGGUGUGUGCGUACCCAUUUCUCGUUUACUGCCCUGAUUUGUGCCUGUCCGCCGUCGAAAUUUGCACACUUUUUCUUCGUCCGAGCAUACGCACUGCAGCAGGCGCUGAACCAGGCGCGUGCAGUGGUUCCUAACCGCUCCCCUUUGAGAAGCACCAUCAGCGUAACAGCCCCUGGAACUGCCAGAAGCGUCUGCCUGCUUCCAGCGUCAUUGGAUCUCGCGCGAUGGAGCAGUCUGCGAGCCCCAAGUCACUGCGCAGGGCGUCGUCUCCGCCGCCCGCGUCGCAGCAGACUCCGCCGCAGAGCCAGCUCCGCAGGACGGCCAGCUCACCCUCUUUCUGCUUCCUGCCGUGCUCGCUGUCCGAGCUGCUGCUGCAGCAGUCGCCUCAGUCGACACCCACGCCGCCCAGGCGCUGCGAGACCGAGGCCCACGCCGCGGGAGUGAAGAAGCAGACUACGAUGGCGGGCGACUCCGUGCCCCGGCUUCCUUUCCAAGACUACGCUUCACGACGCUGUGAGCCAGACCUGUGGUCGCGCAGCACGCAGACCGAGUUGGCCGCCGAGAGCAGCACGCAGACGGAGCCGCUGGACAUCUCCACCGACGGCGCGCGUCUUCAUGAGGAUGAUGCUCGGCACGCGUUCCUGCGGAAGUUGUCCUCUCGCUGGAACGCGAUGCAGUUUGUCAUCACGGUGGCAGCACUCGGCGCCUUCGUCUUCGUCUUGGUCGUCAUCGCCGCCGUCCUCGAAACAGCGAACAUGAGCCCGAAGAUGGACGGCUUCGAUCUGCUGCCCGACUUCUUCGAGAACGAACCGCCCGGGUCGGCUGCGCACGAGCGCCCCGUGCACAUCACAGCUCCAACUGCCGAACAUGCUGUGACUACUCCCUCGCUGACAAAGAACAGCACUGCGACGGAACUGCACGGUUCCCGUAGAACGCCUGCCAAGGUGCGCAAGGCGACCAAGACUUUGCCCAGGCGUCCCGCAGCGAGGCAAGACAGCACAACGUUUGCGGCGACGAAAAUGCCGAUUACCGCAGGCACCAGACGGCGGGUGGGGACCCCGUCACCAACCAUGGGCCGUCGCCUGGGUGUGCGGAUUAUCGGCAGCCAUGACUACGCCACGCGCAAGGACCAUCUGCAGGAGGUGACGGGAGAUCUCGGCAUGCCAUCACCUAUCAUCAACAAAUACGACGAUAACAAGAUAUCCGGGGAAAGGGCCGAUCACGAGAGUACUCCCGAGACGCGCGAGUCCCGAGCGCCGUCCGCCACACCAGCCGGCGACUUCGUGGAAGAGAUCGUCUAGCGCGAGUGCGCUGAAACACCUGCGCCCGACUGUCAACAACGAGCAAGAGCGCGUGCCAUAGGAGCAUCGCGAAGGAUUCAUUUCAGUUUAAAAAAAAAUAUGAAGUAGCUACUGUUGCGAUAGCUUCAGGUAUAACGCAUCUUAUUGUAGUGCGAUUUUCCAGCCCAAAGGUGGGGCACCCGAAAAAUUGACCGCCCUUCCACUACUGUGAAGAUUGGUGCAAGCGAAGCUCGCGGUCCGCGGCUCUUCGUUGUCGUAACGCCUCGGCCUCGCGCUCCCUCACGGCGAGGUCGGCACGUCGACGACGAGCCCUUCCUCAAGCGAGUUCCCGGCGGCGUUCACCAACCAAACGCCGCCUGUACUUCGGCCGAACGCACGACGCGCAGCCGACCAUCGCAGCUUCGAUAGUCUUCCGAUGCGAGAAAUUCGUUCCUCUCCCGUUACCUAGACACGCGACUGCUAUUGGCCGAGAGAAUGACGUCAAAAUCGCCUGAAUAGGCAAGACACGGCGCUCAUUAUCAACUCACGUUUAUUGUUUGAUCCUGCGGAAUAUACGUACAAGUCUGAAUCGUAGAGAGAAAGAAGGACAUAUGAAAGAACACUUUUUGCGCAUCGAGCCUUCCAGCAUACACAAACGUACCUAAACGAAAAAAAAUCGCCCCCCAAGAACUCCGUACAGAUAGUUAGUUACCCAGCGAAGCUGAAACAUGCAACCUCGGUGUUUAUCACUGGGUUAAUCCAGAUGGUUAGGUCUUAAUGAGGCUACACACACGUUCGGCUGCGACGGAGAGGAUGUCGUCAGUGACGGCAUGCCCGCAGUCCGCCGUUGUCGCUUGCGUUCGAUGUCUCGUGUUUGCUCGGCGGCGUGGUCAGCAGAAUCCGCCCGCCAUUGCCGCUUCGCCUACGAAUGGCUCAUACCCCCUUAAGCAAUGGCUCAUACCCCCGUGAACGCGGCCUCCCCAUUACGACGACAGAAGUGAAAUUGUACGCUGGAAUGAUGAGCGGCAACGCAGCUAAGUGGGGAAGAAGACGACGACGCUCGAGCCAUUGCUGAUGAUGAUAUUUUCUGUACACAGGCGUGGACAGACGCAUUUACGUUUCGCCUAGCCACACAAAGCUUCGCUUUAAAAUUUUAUUAUUCUGGGGUUUUACGUGCCGAAACCACGAUAUGAUUAUGAGGCAUGCCGUAUAGUGGGGCACUCCAGAUUAAUUUUGACCACAUGGGGUUCUGUAACGUGUAACCCAAUGCACUGUACAAGGGCUUUCUUGCAUUACGAGAUCCAAGAAAAAACUGCGCAAAAAAAAAAAAAAAAAGGGACAAGACAAAGAAAGGCCCCCAGAAAGCAGGUUGGUGCCGUUCCGGUGUUAUACCUCGGAGGGGCGGUCAUUCCACAAGAAGUUGAGAGUCUGCGCCCGUGUCGUGUGGUUCUUUCUUUGUCUUGUCCCUUUUUUUUUGCGCAGUUUUUUCUUGGAUCUCGUAAUGCCAUACCAACUAGCCCCUCACCGUACGCUUCUAGACUUUCUUGCAUUCCGCGCCAUCGAAAUGCAGCCGCCGCGGCUGCGAUUCAAUGCCACGCCGUUGGGCAUAGCAGAGCAACGCCGAUGCUAUGCUAUGCCACCACGGCCGGUCCUAGGGGUUCUUUUUUGUUCACUUAAAUCUAAGCACACGAGCGCUUAUUUGAAUUUCAUCCCAUCGAAAUACGGCCAAUGUCGAUUCAAACAGGCCGCAAAACUUCGGGCGAAAAGCAGUCCAGGACCAAUUGUCCCGGACACCAGCAAGAACUGUACGAGCAGCUUCUCAACAUCCUUAAAGCCUGCUUGCAAACAAGCUUUCCAAGGAUGAAUGGCUGCUGUAUGACUAGCUUUAAAAAAAAACUGAAAUAAAUGGUUAUAAAAAAAAAGAUCAGAAUUUGUCACAAAAACAAGAAAGAGAAACUGCUGAGGGACUUAUCAGCCGUACGUUAACACAAGAGAAAGGGCCCGUUGCCAGGAACACAUCACUGGUUGUAGCGUAAUAGAACUACUACUGACUAGGCUGCCAAAAACAUUAAAUGACAGACUACGAGCAAACAACACAGGUUGCCACAUAGUCUUCCGCCAUAAAACGAAAAACGGAGCUGGUACUACAUCUGUCAGUCCCGUCGUGGGAUUAGCCGGGUGCGCGUUUUAUCGCGCUUUGCUGGACCAAAUAAAAGUUUAUUCACUCCCUCACUUACCCAUUUUGUUUCUGCAUUGCUUCGAAAAA